GGAAUCCAGGACUGGCCAAGGCAGGGAACGCUUUGCCCCAGAACCACUUGCAGCUGCAUAAGAAGUCUGAAAAAGUUUCUCAUCCAGGCCAAAUUGCAAGUCCAGGCUCCUUUGCCAAGGGGAAGGACAGUGCCAACGCAUUCUUAAAAGCAGCAGACUAUUCCUCCUCAAGUGAUGAAGUCAGCAGCAGCGAAGAAGAUGACAUGAGCCCCACAAGGCAACUGCUAAGCAGCAGAGUGGCAGAUUUCUCAAGGACGAGAGUACCAGAUGGAAUUGAACUGAAACCCCAAAGCACGGUCACAGAACAGAAGGAUCAGAUUUUAGGGAAACAAAUUUCUAGCAUCCAAGAAGGCCUCUGGAGCAUAAACAACCAGAACUAUCUCCUGCCAGAUCUCCUCCAGCAAAGCCAAAUUUCAGACUCCUCUGUGAACCCACCAAAAGUGCCACUGACUAGCCAGGAAGCUCAGAACAAGCUUCUGAAUAAGACCCCGUGCACUGAAAGCACACCUUCAAAGAGCAGCACAUCAUCUACAACAUCGUUUACUUCAUUCAUAGAUCCUAGACUUCUGCCCAUCACCCCUCCCACCAGUCCAGUUGGACCUUCCUGUAGUUCUCCACCUAGUGCAAAACCUGAGCCUGUCAGGAGAGAAAAUGCAAGGAAGGGCUCCGUUGUCAACGUCAACCCAACGAAUAUCCGCCCACAGAGUGACAGUCCAGAAAUUCGUAAAUACAAGAAGAAAUUCAACUCAGAGGUCCUUUGCGCUGCUUUGUGGGGAGUAAAUUUACUGGUGGGAACAGAGAAUGGAUUGUGGCUGCUGGACAGAAGUGGGCAAGGAAGAGUUUAUUCGCUGAUUACAAGGAGGCGAUUCCAGCAAAUGGAUGUUCUGGAAGGACUCAAUGUGCUAAUUACUAUAUCAGGGAAGAAGAAUAAAUUGAGGGUAUAUUACUUAUCAUGGCUGAGAAAUAAAAUUUUGCGCAAUGAUCCAGAGGUGGAGAAGCGGCAAGGCUGGGUGUCUGUGGGUGACCUGGAAAGCUGCGUACACUACAAAGUUGUAAAAUAUGAGAGAAUCAAAUUCCUUGUAAUUGCUUUGAAAAACUCAGUGGAGGUUUAUGCUUGGGCUCCAAAGCCUUAUCACAAAUUCAUGGCUUUUAAGUCCUUUACCUCACUUCAUCACAAACCACUGUCAGUUGACUUGACCGUUGAAAAUGGACAAAGAUUAAAAGUCAUAUAUGGCUCACUGGUAGGCUUUCAUGCUAUUGAUGUGGACUCCGGAUCUGUGUAUGACCUGUACCUUCCAACACACAUCCAGGGAACUAUUCGCCCACAUGCCAUUAUCAUCCUCCCGAAUACCAGCGGAAUGGAGCUUUUACUGGCCUAUGAAGAUGAAGGCAUCUACAUUGAUAUAUAUGGGCAUUUCACAAAGGAGACUGUUUUACAGUGGGGAGAAAUGCCAGCAUCUGUAGCUUACCUUCAAUCUAAUCAAGUCAUGGGCUGGGGAGAGAAGGCAAUUGAACUACGCUCUGUGGAAACAGGAAAUCUGGAAGGAGUAUUUAUGCACAAGAAAGCACAGAAGCUGAAAUUUCUGUGUGAAAGAAAUGACAAGGUGUUCUUUGCAUCUGUACAGUCAGGAGGCAGCAGUCAAAUAUACUUUAUGACUCUUGGUCAAAAUGUACUAUUCAACUGGUAAAUUACAUCAACAUGAAGGAUGCUUUGAAAUUCCCUGUAGGUAACAGUGUAAAAUGCUUGGAGGUAAUAUCAAAAAAUUUGCACUUUUUACCUACAGAAACUUUGUCAUUAUUAACUUAAUCAAAAUUAAUAUUCUUUCAGUUUGGAAAGAAUUCAGUUUUUCCUGUAAAAGUAUUGCAAACAUGUUUAGUUUGUCUUCUAAAAUACAUUGCAAACCAAGAUUUUAUUCACAGUGUUAGGAGAGAACAACUUUAAUGAAGAAUGUAACCAAUAUAAGAAGCUCCUGUACUCUGAAAAGUACAGUUUCAUUUUCAUAGAUGAUGUAAUAGUGUUAUCUUGAACCUAAGUCUCUUUCUUUUUUGGACAGCAACAUUCGUAGGCAGAUAAAAAACACAAGUUGGGUGACAAAUUGGAAUCAACUUUAUUUUGAAUUGGGUUUUGGCUUGUUUUGUAUUUUAAGCAAGCUGUUACUGUUUUACCAAGACUCGCUUGUCCAAGUCUUACAAUCAGUGAAGGAACAACUGUUGAUGAUGGGGCCUAAGGCAGAUUGGGAUGUCUGAGGGAUCGCUAUCCUGCGCUGGGCAGACAGAUGCAUUUUACUGCAGACUUGCAAAAGCAGCUACUUCUAGACACGUGCCCCAUCUGGUAGAUUUUACAAAAUGCAGGAGACAGACUUCAUAUUUCUCUCAGGGCUGGAUGCCUGAGCCUGUAGACACAGUUACUGUAGAAUGUAUUUGUAAAAAUAGUUUAAAUAGUAGUUUGUCAAAAUCACAUAUGCAUAAAGCAUUAUGGACCUGAACCUGCAACUUUUAUUCAAACAUGAGACCCACGCUCAUAUGAGUUGAUUUAAAGGCACUACCCAUGUAUAUAAAGGCACAGGAUCAGGCACCCUCUUUUCUUCCCUUCUUGCUCUUUCAGCAUCAAGUCGUCAUGUAUUUCUAUGUAAAUAUAAUCUUUCCACAAUGGAUGUUAAGAUUAACUAUUUGGAUAUUUUCAUAAAUAUAUUAAGAAUACAUUUGUUAAUCUAUUAUAAAUAGAAAAUAUAAAUAAUUUCAGGUGCUUUCUAUGCUCAUUACAUCUAAAUAAACCUGCAUCCACUAGU